CGAACCUUCUCGCUCGCCGUGGACAGUUUGAAUAACCUUUAUUGAUACCGGUGUGAGGAGUGAUAGUGAAACAUGGGGGCUCGGGUCGCGCGUAUGUUCAGAAAUGUCAACAUAGAGAACAGAGUACACCGAGAAAUCUCAAAGGAGAAGCCGCGAGCAGCGCCCCGACACGCCGGCAGCACUGAGGCGGCGGGAACGGCGGAUUCGGUCCACCAGAAGAACGACCCGCUGCUCGCACUCCUCAAGACCGUGUAUGUGGAGUCCACAGACCCGGCAGCAGCAGCAGCAGAGGCAUCCAAGGAGGUGACAGUGGGGAAAGAAGCGGAGCGCAGGCCUCUGAGAUACAGCAUGCCAGGUGACCUGUACGGCGUGGUGGAGCUCACAGACGUUCCUAAAGGCAAACUGACAAUCGCAGAGGCUCUGAAGGCCCUCAGCAGCUACCAGCGUCAACCUCAGACAUGGACGCCGGAAAAGAUCGCUCAAGAAUAUUGUCUGGAUCUGAAAGACACAAAGGCUCUUCUGCAGUUCUUUAUGCCCUUCCAGGUUCAGAUCAUUCCGCCCAAGACUGACAGUGCCAAACAGAUAAAGGCUUCUUAGGACUGGAUUCAUGGUGAUUAUUAACACCUGAUUUAUUUAUGUAUGUCAAUAAAGUGCAUUGGGAGAGUGA